AUGGGUAAGACUUUACAAAGGAAACCUCAUGCAGAUGAAGACCAAGCCAAGCCAAAGCUUUCUUUGAGUAUCUCCAUCCCUUUGAGAAUGUCAAGUUACAUAUUCAAGGGGCCAGUUACUAGAAUCACAUCCCAUCCUGGAAAUAAGGUCAGAUGCCAUCAUUGGGAGGAAACCUUGAACAAGCCACAACAGGUCUGGUGGCAGGAAAGACUGCAAGGACUCCAGGCCUAUAGCAGCACAGGAGAACCUUUAAGUACUCUGGAUCUUGUCAAAGCCUUGCAACAAUUUACACCUACUUAUGCAGGUGAAUUCCUCCCAGGUGUACUGUCAGGCAACCUGGACUUUGGGCCCAAGCCAAACCCUGCCCAAACUUUGGACUUCACAGAGAUGAUUUCUGAGUCUGGUCUGGAAAUCCCACACAAUCUCAACAGACCCUUUCUGGUGACUGAGGAAGAUAUCAGGAAACAGGAGAGGAAGGUGAAGAUGGCAAGAGAGAGAUUGACAAUAGCACUGAUUGCAGAUAGUCUGGCUAGUGAGGCAGAGAAAGUGAGUUGCCAAGAAGAACCUGAAAAUCACUCUGAAAGAAAAAAGACAUUGUAG